AUGCUUGAUCCUGGUGAACACUAUGGCGGGUAUUCAAGAGCACCUAGAGGUCCUCCUCAUUGGAUAGGCUCUCCGCAUUUCAAUCCGAUGAUGGAUCCUCCCCCUCUGCGUUCUACUCCAAUCCCUCACCAACUCGAUCGUGUUCCAAUGUCUUUGGCGGGGAAUGGUGGAUAUCCAAUGGGCUAUGCACAUCCUAGCGGUGAAAAUGGUAGCGAGGCAGGAAUGGUCGGUUUGAAUCGCAUGUUCAAUCCGAUGGAAGGACCUCGCCGUGUUCCACCGCCGUUCCUGGUGCCGCCAUUGCUUUUGAACCUGCAUCGAACAGCAGAGGCAGUGUGCACUUUGAAUCUGCCAAUCGUGUCUCACCCUACGGAGCGACGUGAAAUCCCUGCAAACACACAGGCAAUGUUAGUUCGAAGUGCUGACGGAGUGUUUUUGCGACUAAGCAACGGAUUACUCCUGAACGCUCAAAACUCCGUGUUUGAUUCAGUUUCUAAUCGAGUACCUCCUUUGAUAACCAUACAACCCGAUCCACCACGACCUUUGAGGCUUCCGCCACCGUUGAACUCCGUUCCUGAUGUAAUCGAGCUGGACUAG